AAAUAUGUACAGUAUGGAUUUUAGGAGGACGAAGUUCGGCAGGUUUAUGAACAAUCGUGUCCCGUCGAGCAAGAGAUACCAGCCAACAGAGUAUGAGCAUGCAGCCAACUGUGCCACCCAUGGAGUAAGUGAAAUAUGUUUCACCCACAGCCAAAAAAACCUGUAUUGUUAUGAAACCUCAAAGAAAAGAUGUGUAACAGUGUGUUGGAGAACAGAAACUGGACGGGUUUGUCUAUAUUGAGCAGUAACCUGUGGUUUGAGGAUUAUAUUAGGAGAAAUUCAAGAAAGAAGGUAUUCAUGGCUUUCUGUGACCCAAAAGGAUUAGACCGGUCACAAAGAAACAACAGUGUUAAUGAAUCUCAUGACAAAGAUUGUGUGACGUAAUGAUUCUCAUGAAACAUCAACAAACACAAAAUUAAAGAAAGUGAUAGUCACUAAAUUUAGAUCACAGUUAUUAUUAUCUUUUUGCACAAUGUCAUUUGCUUGAGUCAUUUUUUGAUCCUUCUUUCUGUUCAUUGUGAGCUAUUUUAUCUGGUAUGGCCUUGGUGCUGUGAUGUUGUUUGUUUAACAUCCUACUCUUUAAUCCCCGUCUCUCAGAGCCACACAUCUGGCAUGCCCAGUUCAUGAGCUGCGUCACGAGACACAGACUACACACCAAAUCCUCUCUGAUCCCUCCAUCUUCUAGUAUAUUUUUGGAUCAUUCCCAGUAUUAUGGGAAGCUCAGUGCUGUACGUCCUGUCUGAUGACCAGUGGGAGACCAUCUCUGCAUGGAUGUAUGGUACAGGUCUGUCUGGGCUCUUCAUCAUGUCUACCAUGUUCCAUACUGUAACCUGGAAGAAAAGUCAUCUCAGAAAGGUGGAGCAGCGCUUCCACAUGUGUGACAGAAUGGUGAUAUAUUUCUUCAUAGCUGCAUCCUAUGCACCUUGGCUGAACCUGAGGGAGUUAGGACCCUGGGCUGUGCACAUGCGCUGGUUGGUGUGGAUCAUGGCUUGUGCUGGAUCUGCUUAUGUCUUCUUUUUUCAUGAAAAGAACAAAAUAUUAGAUUUGUUGUGCUACACUGCCAUGGGAAUUGUUCCUGCACUUGUUCUUGUGUCAAUGCCUAACCGGGAGGGCGUGUUAGAGCUGUCAGUGGGCGGAGUCUUCUACUGCCUGGGCAUUGUCUUCUUCAAGAGUGAUGGCCUCAUCCCAUUCGCUCAUGCCAUCUGGCACAUCUUUGUAGCAGUAGGAGCUGGUAUACACUAUUACGCCAUCUGGAGGUACUUGUAUGCAACCGGAUCCAGCCAAAUAAAAAUAUCCAGGUGACGGCU